AUGAAAAGUGAUAAUAAAAUAUCAAUGAGGCUUGUACAAAGAGCGUUGUUCGAGUUGCCGUUAAAUGAGACUCCGAAGGGGAUAAUCGAUAAACCACAACGACGUCACUUAACAAAUGACACGGCCGAAGAAAAAGAUUACAGUGAACCGAGAGACGUUAUGGAAACAUCAAAGAAAAUCACCCGCCCGAUUGGAGUGACUCGCCCACCAGAAGAACUCCGGCUGAGGAAAGAAAACUUUCUACAAGUCAAAAAUGAAAAUGACUUGUCUAGAAAAAAAAAAGAACUUGAGGAUGUUAAAACUCAACAAAGAUAUUGCUAUUUAUCAUUCACUUUGCAAGCGAUGGAAAAAAAUCAAUGA